AUGUUUGGUUUGGGGCCAUGGUGGUACAAUUUUUCGCAGCUACAUCGUUCCGAAUUGACAGUGGAUAAUUUGGUAUUAAUUCCAUCUCCAUACAUUGAAUUGACCAUUUUUGGAACUUUCAAGACCGCUGAACUUUUGUCGUUUCUUGGUGGUUGCAUAGUACACCCAAUAUAUCGGUUGUUUCUUCUAAGAAACAUAACUCCCGAGAAUACUACCAACAAUUCAUUUAAAAUAAUUAGAGAUAAAUGUCGAAAAGUACAGGGACGAUUCCUUUUGGCAAGUUUUAUUAUUGGACCGCUGAGCACAUUAGCUUGUAUGAAUUAUUACUCGCUAGGUAGAAAAGAUGCCAAGGAACUAUGCUAUCAGAUUAGAUGCAAUGAACAAAUGAUGGUUUGGGAUCGCAGUGCUGUUUCGCUAGGAUUUGUUGGAUGGUAUUGGAAACGUUUUAAAGGAGCUGUUGACGGUAUAAAUCUGGCAUCAAUUUACACUGCUUAUUAUUUCACGAUACAAAAACGAUUAACAAAUGCACCAACAACAGAUAAAAUCAAACCAUCGCAACGUCCUAAAAGUGUAGAGGAAGCUGAAGAAGCGAAAAAUUUUCCGUUUUUAAUGCAAAUAGCAGCAGAGGAUAGCUUGGUUUGA